GGGGCUGCCCAGCGCGAUCGCCCCUGACACUUCCUAAGAGACUCUCAGUCCUUUCUCUGCAGCUGCCACUUGAAGACUCCGCGCUUCCCCCACCUAAGGAAAGAAGUUAUCCAUCUAAAUCAGUUGUCCUAUCCACGUCCCUCGUUUCUCUCUCUGGGAGCCGCUUACCCCUAGCUCUUCCAUUGUGUUGUGCCUUUCAGUUUAGCCCCGCUUGCUGCGUAAGACUUUCACUCCGUUUGCUGCAGGGAGAUUUACUCGAGAGUUUCCGAACCUCCAGCUGCAAUGGAGCUCUAUGGAAAGAUGGCCUCCGCCCAAGAUGCCAGAUAUGGUCAGAAAGACUCCUCUGACCAGAACUUUGACUACAUGUUCAAAUUGCUGAUCAUUGGCAAUAGCAGUGUGGGGAAGACAUCUUUUCUGUUCCGUUAUGCGGAUGACUCCUUUACAUCUGCAUUCGUCAGCACAGUUGGGAUCGAUUUCAAAGUAAAAACUGUAUUCAAAAAUGAAAAGAGAAUCAAGCUCCAGAUUUGGGACACAGCUGGCCAGGAAAGAUACAGGACUAUCACCACAGCUUAUUAUCGUGGGGCCAUGGGCUUUAUUUUGAUGUAUGACAUCACAAAUGAAGAGUCCUUCAAUGCAGUGCAAGAUUGGUCAACUCAGAUCAAAACGUACUCUUGGGACAAUGCCCAGGUUAUCCUGGUUGGGAACAAAUGUGACAUGGAAGAUGAGCGGGUCAUUUCAACCGAGAGAGGCCAACAUUUAGGAGAACAGCUUGGGUUUGAGUUUUUUGAAACAAGUGCCAAGGAUAACAUUAAUGUCAAGCAAACAUUUGAGCGCCUCGUGGAUAUCAUCUGUGACAAAAUGUCAGAGAGUUUGGAGACCGAUCCAGCCAUCACUGCCGCAAAGCAGAACACAAGACUCAAGGAAACCCCUCCUCCUCCGCAGCCCAACUGUGGCUGUUAGUGCCCCUCGCACACAGGCAGCUCCAGGGGGCUCUGGUUGCCAAGAAACAGCAUUCAUAAAUGGUCUAUUAGCCUUCACUUAUACUGCCUAAUAAUUAUUUGAAGGAAGUCUUUGAUGUCAAUGGCCCGUUCAUGCAUUCAAAUCUCGGGAGAUUUACUGUGUUAAUAUAUGGCAAAUAUGUGAUCUUAAAUUUGUAAGGACUAUUCAUCUAUAAACAUCUGGUACCUGCAUGUGACUUGUUAUUUACUUGUCUUCAAGUUUCAUUUCUUUUUGUUUUUUUUUUUCAAAUUUCUUCUCAGUUAAGCUACUGCUGGGAUUUCAGACUACCAUUUUAUUACCAUCUGACUUUCGUGCCAUGGAUUCAAACUAUGCUACUCACUUGUAGAGAUGAUGAACAAGGAGUUGCUUGAAUGUGUAUGUGUGAGCAGGGCGAGAUGGCAGGGGACUUAAUUUGCUUUCCUCUUAACUGAAAAUCAAGUGAAAAUUUUACUCUUUAGGGACAAUGUCACAGGUCAAUGUCACGAGAAACAAUGUAUCUAUUUUUCAUUCAUAAUGGAGGAGGCCAUUGACUAUAAGUAAAUUGAAAUAUUGUUUUUAAGGCCAUUACUAAGCCAUUACUAUUAACGUGACUGGAACCAGAUUUAAACAGUUUUAUCAAUUUACAUAUUUAAAUAAGCAUAUAUCCUUCCCCAGGACGGCUCUUUCCACUAAUUCUACCCAACUUUCUGAAUAUUUAGGAGCACUGAGCAGAUGAAAAGGUAUCUACUGGAAGCCAGUUAUGCAGUAAGUGUUUUAACCAAGAAGAGUGUGAGUAGCUAUAGAAUUCCAAGGCCUGAGCUCCCCUACUUCCUUAGAGGCUUGCUCCCCACCACACAUUCCUGUACUACCACCACCACCACCACAACUCUCUGGAACCAUCAACAUUUGGAGUAGAAGUUAGGUUGAACCUUGUUAGUGCUCCUAUUCCUGUAGGAUAUAGAGUUGCUUCCCCAAUCGUUGCCUUCUGCUCAGACCUCAGCUAUGUUCUUCUAUCUAUAUAGAAGCUGUUGAGUAGCGUUUCAAUGGGUCCUAAGUUGAGGAAGGACUGAUUUCCUCUUGACUGUUUUUUAAUCUGGGUGUUUGUAAUUCUAAAGCAUACCCCCAUUGUGUAAGUCUUUAAACAUGCUUACUUUGCUUAGAGAACACUCUGUAGCUGAAAGUUCCAGGAAACUUUUGGAUCUACAGCAAUUUGAAAAAGGAAAGAAAUCAUUUGAACAUCCAGACUUUUACCCCAGAUUUUCUGAAACCAAUGUAUAAAUUACAGACAACAGAUUCCAGUGUUGUGUGGAACCCUGUUGAGGAACUUGGCAUUGUGUCAAAGUCCAGUACUAUUUACAGUUAGGAAUUGGGGAGGGCAGGGAUCAGUGCUUGACAGAUUCUGAAAGACACUUCCAUUAGGUUGACUUUCUCUUUUUUAGGGGGUUGUGUUAAGGAUUUUUUAAAAUCUUUUUUUCAAAAACAGAGAAAUGAAAAUAUUGGGUGCAGAUUUAUUGGUUAAGGGUACUGAUAGGAAAAUAUGCAUGUAUCGAAAGAUAUCUCUGGAGAAUAAAUGCCUACAAGUCAGGGAACUAAGUCACACACAUUAUCAGUAACUUAAAAGGUAAAAAAUAAUGGAAAAGAGCAUUUGGGGUUUUAUCCAUGCUCUUUUUUUUAAUCUUUCUUGGUUUCAGUUCCACUAAUUGGUAAUAAAUUUCCACUCUCACAUUCUGUAAGAGUGAAGACAAGAAAACAUUAAUAUUUUAUUAGAUUUUAAUGGGGAAGCCUAAAGCAAGUGUUCACUUACACAGUGUCAAACAUUCCAAAGUUGGAACACUGUCCCAGUCAGGAGAGAGCAAUGCAAUAGUACCCCUGGUGUUCUUGCCAAGGUUUAUCCCACAAUUUCUAUCUUCGAAACCCUAAUGGAAGUGAAGAGUUCUGCAUUUAUUCUUAAUUCUGUAAUUGCCACCCUGUUGUGAAUUUCAUUGCAAAUAAUUCAAUGAAAAUUUUCUACAAAAAAAUGUUACAGAACUCAAAAAAGGAAUACCCAUAUCCCUGCUGUAACACAUGCCAAGAGGAGUGAAUAUUCUCUAUUCCUAAUCUCAUCAAGAUAUCCUGGUUUUUAAAAUCAAAUUUGGCAGAUAGAACAACAACCCAGGGUUAACUUGGUGAGCUUCUAUUGAUAUCAAGCUAUACUGUUUAUUAUUAUAGUUCUAUAGUGGUUUUUCAACCAUUUGGCCACUACACAUAUGUACACACAUACUCACAUGCUAUACCUACAUCUGCCAACAGCCCAAAUAUCUACAAGUCAUUUUUACCAAUGCCUAAUCAAAUUUUUACCUUGCAUAAUUAAAUUUAUACUUAAAAGAACAGGGCAUCUUUAAAAGUAUGCACUUGUGUUAGUUUGUAAACCUUAGACAUCUUCUCUUUUCAUCUUUGAGGCAAUUAAAUUAGUAUUUCAAGUCUAAAUUUCUCUUCCUUUGUUCAUCACUUGGCCAUUCUCCACACCUCAAAAUACAGUUAGGAAUAACUCUCAAUUGCUUCAGGAAGAUGUGCUUCUAAGAGCAUUGGUGUUGUACAUCCCUUUAUUUUCCUAAUACAGUUAAGAAAUUGGACUGGAAAUUAUUUCAUUUAAAAUUAACCAUCCCUGGAGUGAAUCUGCAUUUCAGCCUUUCAGAAGAUGAAUGGAAGGUGUAGGAGGUUUCCUAAGUCCUGUGAUGCUGUUUAACCAUUAGCAUCACAUCUACAGACUGAUUAGAAUUACUUCAGGAUGGUGAGUCAGUUCCUGGAGGCUACCACCACCCCUAUGGACAACUACUACUGGCCUGAUGAACUUCUAAUGAUUAAAAGACAUAACUCCUCCUUAGGGUCAGUUGAGAGUCAAUAUUCCUUUGAUGCCUAGUAUAUAAGUUCUAGGAUUUUUAUUUGGAAAACAAACUUUGAUGAUGCCCUUCAGUUUUAUCAGAAAGGUGCAGCAUGUGAUGAUAUAUGUGAAAUAUAAAUUACAAAAUUACAACUUACACAAUUUAAGACAAAUAUAUAUUUCACCUAAUUAAUGCCUACCCAGAUUAAUUAUAUACAUUUUGUUGAUUUAGCACAUUAGAUAUUUUUUAUGUGACAGAUUAAACUUGCAAUUUUAACUACACUAUGAUGACAGAUUUUCAGGUAUACAGUUCUUUUUUUUUAAAGGUAAUGCAUUCCACUAUUAACUAAACUUUCAUAAAACAACAUUAAUAUUGGACUGUCAUAGUUGAUAAUCAGUGGUUCAUUGUGAUCUGCUUUAUCCAACAUCUAUCUUAGUGCAUGGUUGAGGAUGUCCUACAAUCUUAAUUUACUGUGUGGCAUUUGUGGGACUGUAACAGCAAUGUAUCCACCCUACCAAGCAGUAGCAAGCUGAGGUAGCAGCUGCAUGAGAAAAACUGUGAUGUACAUCUUCAUUUAAAGUCAUGACUGAAAUCUUUCUAGACCAAAAAUUAGUGUGUUUGUUAAUAAUCCUCAUAGUACAGUUAGAGUGUUCAAUCAGGUAUUUUUAGGGAAACAGACUUGGGAGCUGGCCUGUCUAAGGAGCCCUUUGUCUCUCAGUCACUGAUUGCGUGACAGGAACUCUGUUCCUUUGUGUGUACACUCACUCAGUGUGCUCUGUCAGGGUGCCACAUGAGCAGCUAGACCCAGGUGAUCUUUCUAAUCAUGCCCAGAAAAAUGAUCUACUGCUCUGCUCAGCUCUGCCUAUUUGAGAGUCCUACCUGUGCAUUAGUAGUUUGGUAGUAAUGAUGAAAUCUUGCUGAUAUACUAAGCCUUUUAACAUCAGUGUCAACUUUUUCAAGUUCUUUACAUUUUAGAUGAAAUUUUGACCAAAGUCUGUUACAGAUAUAAACCUGUUUUAUACCCUAGAAUUCGCUGGAACAAAUUAGGCAAAAGAUAGUGUUUAUGACCAUAAUCUUCCCCUCAUCUUAAUUAUCUUCACCCCUACACUCACCCCUACACUACUCCUAAAGGGCUCAAGGUACUAGAAAUACAGUAUUCCUUAAGGAGGCAAAAACAGGUUGGGAAAUUUAUCUAAAAUGUAGCUACUUAUCAUUAUUGGUAUUUCAUAAAUAAAUGUAUUUUUAAAUAUUUCUACAAAUGCUUGAGACUCUAGCCAAAUGAUAUUUCCCUUUGGUAGAUUGAAAUAGUUUCUCCUGGGCUACACACAUUGCUGCCCCUCCCAACACACACUUACAACCCUGAUACUUUUUUAGCGAAGGGAAAAUUCCAUCCAUGGUGCUUUCUGAGUGCUAGGGGAAAAGUGGGUGUUUGCUAAGUGCCAACUGUAGCUCACAUCUUGUUUUUAAAGGCCCAUGAAACAGAUCCUUCACACUGAUUUGAUGAGUCUGUGUGUCCUUGUGAAGAAAGAAUUCCCAUUAAACAGAGGGUGGAGAGAGAAUGCUUUCGGCAAACAUUCUAGUAACAGAAAUGAAUUCUUUCAAAAAUCCCACAGAUAGCUUGGGUUGUCAGAUCAGAUCAUCUAGAACCUUUUUAUUCACGUUUUUAUUUUGUACUUCCUGAUUUGUGUUUGUUUCAGGGUUUUAAAAGCAUUAUCCUCAGAGACUGAGAGGACUAAGAAUAGUAAGUGAGACUCAGAUUUCACCAUCUAUCUCCUAUCUGCAGCUGUUAUUGGUGGAGUUUCAACCAGUCAUUACUAGCUAAACUGAGACUGGGGGGUUACCUGUGUAUUUCAUUCAUCUGUGUUUGUAAUUUCAUUGUGGACAAUUGAGAGUUGGCUGUAACUAUUGCUUAAUGGAUAUAUUUUUAUAUUAAUGUUAUUUGGGGCCAAGGAUCACUUAAAGUUCAUGAGUGCUAUUCUUAUAGACACAAAUGGUACAUGAGCCACAUAGACACCUGGCCUUUCAGGGACGUGAGCAUGACUUACAUCUGACUAGUGAUUCCAUAUUCCUCCUUGUCAAAGUGAAGUUUGGGGAUGUUUGCUGUGUCAAUAUGACGAUUCUCAUGCAUUGUCUCAUCAUCCAUAGGCAGUGUGCUGAAUGAAGACUGUCCUGUAAUUCCUGUGAUAUAUUGUUAAUGUCAGAUGUGAUGUGAUACAGUUGGACUGUCCAAAUGUACAACUAUUUAAUGGUGUUUGUAGAACUGAAAUGUCUUAAAUGUUGCAUGAAAUAUGUUCUAAAAAUAGAUUUGUUUUCUAUUUUUCAACACCUCAGAAUUGAGGGUUCAUGGGCCAAUAAGUGCAAUAUUUAAUGACUUACUCAGUGUAUAUAAACUAGUGUGCAAAAGUGAAUUCUAAUGAAUGUGUGAGAUGCUUUGAUGGCUGUAUGCUUAUUCAAAUGAUUUCUUGUAGCAGUAUUUGUCUAGUGGUGCAAUUUAUACAGUAAAUAUCUUAUUGGUGUCAUGUGAAACUCCUCUGUGCCUACUUCAAAGUACUUCUUUUCCUAUAAGACCAAAUGUUUAGUAUCUGCAAAUACAUGUCAAUUUUACCUUUUGGAACUGUGGAUUUUAUUUUCAAAACAGAAUAAUUUUGAGUUUAUUUUAUAAAAGCAUUCCUUUGAUAAUCCAGAAUUCUUCUUAAGCCUCUUGUAAGAGUGUAUUAAGCAACUAAUUUAGAUACUAUGGGGAAAUAUGUGCAUAAAGAAGUGACUAUUUCUCUUUUCAGAAAGGUUGAUCACCUGUCAUGUCUACUAAGAAUUUUCACUCUUGAAUUUGUAUGUAUGUUUUAUUGUUACUCAACAUUUUACUUUGUUUACAACUUGGAUACUGUCAACUCUGGGAACUCUUAACACACCACUGUCUUUUUAGAUUAUAGCUGAUGUUAUAUUCACUUUCAAUUCUCAGUUGUCCACAUUGGUGAUAUAGGAGAAAUGCCAGUAUCCUUAUAUCACUUUGGUAUGUCUUCAUGAACUCAUAUAUUAAUCCUCAUACCCCCUUGGUUAAUCCCAAAUUUGGUGGCCUGAAACUUCACAGAGACAUAAAAUUAAGAAAUUAAGCUCAGUUGCUGGAUUACUAAAAGCUACAAAUAUUUAUGUAUAUGAAUGUUAAUUUAGAUCAACAACUUUAAACUCUUAGUUGCCAUUUCAAUUUUUAAGGUAAUGCCUCUUUUUAAUAUUGUACUUUUUUUUCUCAUUUAGUUAGCUGGGUAAACCAUGAUAUCCUUAGGAAUAAAAAUAAGUUACAACUUACUCAUUAAACAAUAAUGGAGUACAGUUGGUUCUAGAUGGUCAUGUCUGUCCAUACAUGUUAAAAAGGCUUCUGUUCUCCCUAUAUCACUUGACUAGGAACUGACAGGUGAGGAUGUGUCAGUCACAUUAAAUGGCUUUGGACUAUGUGGUCAAUAUGUGGACUGAACUUAACUGUGAUUGAAAGUUGCAUUUAGCUCUCAAAACCCACUAAAAAAAAAAAUCAAAUAAACAUGGGCAAAACAGGGAAACCAAUGUUGUCUUUGUGCCAAAUUUUAAAAAUAAAGAGAAAAAAGAAAAGUGUUUUAGCCAACAAUAGAAUGAAAAUUUAAAGGUGUGGUUUAAAGUGUCAUUUGUUGUCACGUGUUAUUAAAUGCCACAUACUCAGUACUGUAGGAAUCAACCAUGGAAGAGGUAUGGCUCCUGUCCCUAAUGAGAAUGAGGAGAAAAAAGUGCAAGAUAUAAUCUAAGUGCUCAGUUAUGUCAAGAGCACAGAGAAUGGGGACCUUAAGGAACUGGAAGAGUCAAGAGUAGCUUCAUGGAGGAGGUCAGAUAUGAUCCCAGAAAAAGAAAUUAAAUAGUGAGGAGAUUGUGCCAGGCUACUGAGUGGCAAAGACCAUAGUAUAGUCCCUUUGAACGGAAGUGUGGCAGAGCUGGCAGCUAUAGAUGAUUGUUUUCUUCAAAGUGACCCUUUGAAAAACCUCAAGUGACCCCAGUUUAGCUCCUUGUCUUUCUGUCUCCAUGAGGAAGACAAAAAUGUCCUUUCCCAUAUUCCUCUGUCCGGAACAGCCUCACGCUCAGCCACAAAAUCCAAGUUGCUUUAAAGCCACAUUAGAAUCAUUAAUUUAGACAUUUGCCAAAGCCCAGAACCAUGAGACAUUGUUUAACCUAAUGUCACCCAGGCAGAUGUGACCCAGAGAUUUUUCUGUAGCUCCAUGUUUCCUGUAAAAGGAAUUGAGAAAUGCACAGAUUAAAAACCCUCCUUUGUACACGGGCACUUUUGGCUCCUUCGCAGUGACUGCACUGUGGAACUCUUCUUGAGAAAAUAGUGACAACAGCUUAACGCUUUCGUAUAGUGAUCGUGAUGUUUAGUUGAAAACUACUGCUGCAUAGCAAAUAUUGUGACUUCAUGUGUCCACAGGAGCGCUUGUCUGGGUUUAAAGCUAUAAAGUGUAUUCACAUUGUGAAGUUUUAAUUAUCUUUAUUGAAAUUAAUUGUGUAAAAAAUGGUAUGUGCUCUAUUAGGUAUUCAGUUUGUAUGUGAAUUCUGUGUGGAAAGUGGUUUUUGUUCUUUGAGUUUAUCUUGUUUUAUUUUUUGAAAACUACAAUAAAUAUCUAAGAGACUAUAUUCCUGCA